CACUUUUACGGCUAUUGACAUAUUUAACUUUGGCGGAUACGGAAUGGCAUUCUUAGAAAUCAACAAAGACCAAUAUAGUUACAAUGUUACUGAUCUUCGCUUUUACAAUGAAUAUGACAAAAAUAUAAAAGCUCCACAAUUGGCUAUUAACCAGUACAUUACUCAUGCUAUAAUGCCAAAUAAUACAGGACUGCUUUCCCAACUUAAAACAAAUUCUAUUGCUGCGACGAACACUUGGGAACAUUCAACAUUUGAUGUGCCAAUUAUUUCCCCGUGCGGAGACCGCCGAUACAAUAAUUUACAUGUGAAUUCAACGGUUCCUGAAAUUGGUACUAAAAUUUUAUUGAAUUUUGGCAUAAUCUCUAUUAAGUUUCAAGAACCUGUUUCAUACUCGAAUGGCAACCUAACUGUUUUUCGAAGAAUUAAUCAGGAAAAUAAUGUUAUUAGACAGAUCAUUAAUUCAAGAGCCUGUAAUUUUUCUCUUUCAGAUGAUCAAGUCACUAUUCAAUUUGAAAUUUUACACUGCACUUUUAAUAAGCCAGGUGGACAAUAUUAUAUACAGAUGGACAAUAAUUUCGUAAAAAGUGCUGGACAUAAUGAACCUAUACCAGUUUCACCAACAGAAUUUUUAAACAUGAACAAAAAUGAGUUUA